AUGGCGCCUUCAGCAAAGGAGAAUGGAGAUAUCAAGGGAGACAGACGGAAAAGCAUAAAUAUCUUUUCGAAGGGAUCCUUGGGUCUCACCCAAAUCAACACCGAUGUCUCCUCUAGCGAUAGUCUCGACAAUGGGGACAAGAAGGAGAAGAAGAAAAUGGGGAAGCGCAGCUCGCUGUUUGGUCUGGGUCCAGGAUCAAACGCUGACCUGUCACAAGACGGAUCAAUGAGUCCUGUGAAGAGCAAUGACAGACUGGAUUCGCCCAACAUGCGCCCAAAACUUCUCCAGAAAAACCGCCCAUCCUCGAUCUUUGGAUCCUUGGGCAGGAAAUCUCUCACGCACGUGGAAGGAGAGUCAGACAGUCUACCGGCCGGCACACCAGAAUCGCCAGAACCAGAAGGAAUGCAUUUACAAGUUGGGCAGACAAGUAGUAGGACGGUACUAUACCAUGGGGAGAUCCAGACAACAAGUGGCAUGUUCAGGAAGAAGAAGGAAUAUUUGGUCUUGACGGAUUCACACUUGCUGCGCUUCAAGAGCCAGGCCAGAGCAUCAGAGGCAUUCUCCUCGAUUCCAAUGCCCUACGGACGGAAUAGCACAACACGUCACCCUUCCACAACUUCUAUUGGGUCCUUGCAGGAGGUUCAAUCGAAUAACUCCCAUACUUCAGCAGAGCAUGAAAAUCAGAUCCCCCUCAGACAGAUCGUCACCGUUUACCGGCUCGAGGAUGGUCGACCUUUUUUUACAACAGAAGUGGUAUAUCUGGAUGAGGAAUCGUAUGGUGUCGGGUCCAUACAGCUUAUGCUUCAUGAUCCCAAAGAUGCUGACCUCUGGCACUCUUCAAUUCGAGGAGCUGCUCAGAAAGCAAGGCUGCUCAUGACAGAGCCAUUCCCGGAGAAAAUUGUCCGGCAUCUGGUCGCAGCGGUGGACGGCGUAGAUGACUAUGACGCUGAUCACUUCCAAAUAUUUCGCGUUGUUCGACGAACUACCACAAAAGCUGGACGUUCGGCGGAUGAUUUGCAGAAGAUGGGCUCUUCAGUCUUUUACUUAGUUGUUGGCAUCAACAAAGUUCAUCUCGUACCACUUCCUGAUUUCACUUUGCCGUCUGCCCGUAUGUCCAACACCAAAAUCGGCCGAGCGUCUUGGGGGAUUGUGUCUUUAGUCGAUCUGCGAGUAACGUACGACGAUGACAGAUUUGAAUUAGCAUUUCGACAGCCAGUUCGGCCAGCAGAGGUAAUUGAAUUGGCCGCUUCAGCGAGUCCGGACAUCGCAUAUGCCCUUCUGCGAGCUUGGCGACAUUUGAAACCACUUUUGGAUGACCAUAACUUCAAUUAUUCUGGACCAAGGCGAAUAGUCGACACUUGUGAGGCAGGGCUCACAGUUGGUGACGACGAGCUCGAUGGCUUUGACAGAACACUUGCAGCAUACUGCAUAGCUUACAAUACCAACCCCUUCAACGUUCAGUAUGCGGUUGACUGGGAGGUAGAGGAUGCGCCAGAAUUCUGGCUGUGGCCCCCAAAGUACACCAAGAAGUAUGCAUUGCCAGAACUGUUGGCUAUAUUGCGAAGUCUUCGAUGCAAUGAAAGAUUUAAGUCCAUUUCUUUCCGGGAUAUCGAUCUACAUUCCUUACACAGCACGAUUGAUGGGAACGGCAUUGAACAUGCCGCAUGUGCGACUCGUAGUGGAAUACCAAUUGACGUGUACUUUAAUCUCAAUCCCAAGAACAAAUCACUGCUCUACCAAGAGGUGCAAGCUCUUGCGUUGAAGUCGACUAGGCUAAAAAGAAUGGACUUUACCAAUUGUCUUCCAAGGAGACGGCCAAGGGAUAACUUCGAUUUCGAUGGACGCGAAGUUGACAAAGAUCCUGGAUGUGAGAUUGUUGCGGCUUUGUUACCUCUCUGCCAGUCCCAACUUACCAAUGUCGAUUGGAUCAUAUUGAACGGCAUAGAGCUGGGAGAGACGGAUCUUGAUUCCCUAAUACCUGCCAUGCAGAAAUCACAGGCCAAGUUGAGAGCUAUUGAGUGUUCUCACUGCGGUUUGAAUGACAGAGGCAUUAUGCAAUUGAUUACCCAUCUUGACCGUCAAAACGCUACGUUGGAAUAUAUCAAUCUGUCCGAUAAUCCUGGACGGAUCAACUUAGAGCAAUUUCAAGCUUCGAUGAGCCGAUUCACAAGAUUGCGGAAACUCAACCUUUCGAGGACUACUUGGACGACUGGGGAUCAGCCUCUGGUACUUCCUGAGAUAUUGAUGACUUGGAAGCUCCAGGAGCUGAUCUUGGACGGUGUUGCUAUUAACUCGAAAACACUCGAAUCCAUAUCAACGUACUUGGCAAGUACAAUGUCAGAUGACCUUUACAUGCUCAACCUAGACCAGUGCAGCUUGAAUGGCAAUGAUGUUGCUCUCUUGAUGCACUCCAUGGUUAGAGUACCUGGCGAAAUUCGUAGUUUGGAGCUUCAUGUCAGUGCCAAUCGGUUUGAGAAAGGCGUCAGUGAAAUCGUGAAUGCAAUUCGGGCUAAUCAUGCUCCAACUCACUUAUUUCUGCGAAUGAUUGAAUUUGCCAAGGAAGAUCACUUUAGGGAGUUGUUGCAAGCCCUUCGGACCAACACCACCAUUCGCUCUUUGGAUAUCUCGAAAGCCUCCCUUCCUUAUGAUGCAGGAGAAGAAACCUGCGAAGCUAUGAGACUUGUGUUUGAGGACAACAAAACCUUGGAAGACUUGGAUAUUUCAGGAGAGCAAGCUCACCUAGAGGUCACCCGAUUUGGAAUAGGACUCAAUAGUGCGUUGCAAGGCCUCAAGAACAACAAAACGCUCAAAACGCUACGUAUCAUGUAUCAGAAUUUGGGUUUGGAAGGUGCCAAUACUCUCUCGUCUGUCAUCGAGGCGGAUACGGGUCUCACCCACAUCUACUGCGAGCACAAUGACAUCAACCUCCAAGGAUUCACUACCUUGGUCAACGCUCUUGCCAAGAAUUACAAGAUUGUGCUACUACCGUUCUUACAAGAUGACCAAACAACAUCGAUGAAGAGAAUGAACGCCAAUAUGAGAGAGACCCGUCGCUCUGCCACCUCCGCAAAGAAUGAUCAUCAUUUGAAGACUUCUGUUCGGCGGACACUCACAACCUUCGGUGUAGGGCACGCAAAACCAAAAAAACCCGAGCUGACCCCUCAAGAUGUAGAUGAGGUCGUGAGACUCUUGAAUGAGCGUUGGCAGCAACAGACGAACCGGCUGGCACAGUUUCUUGAGCGAAACAUGAACAUAGCCGCUGGUACUCCCGGCUUCGGCGUUGACGGAGAGAGUAUACUCAGCGAAGAAACGAUGCGACCCACAACGGCGCUGAGCGACCAGGGCAUUCUAGAGCAAGUAUUGAGUAACACUACGCCCAAGGUCGAGCUCAACAACCCUGUGGAGUCUCAUGUAUACAGCCAGACACAGGCUAUGAACAUUGGUAACGAUAGUACGCAUGCGAAAGAAAACAAAGGAAACAAAAGAAUGUCGAGUGUGGCAGAGUCAGAUGACGAGGAAGAACGACCUGUCACUGCUCAGACUAGGAAUGGGAAGGAGAAAGUGUUUGACUUGAGAGAGACGGAGGGUGGGAUGUUUAGGAUGGAUUCAUGA